AAAACCAAUCUCUCUCAAAACUUAUACUCUUUCUUGGAAUCCAAAUAGUAAGCCUAAAAUAAUUUAUUUUUUUAUUAAAAAAAAAAAUUCAUGGCGGCGGAAAAUAUUAGGGAUUCUGAUACCUGUCCUUCAUUUCUCGAUAAAACUGAUCCUCUUGAUUUCGGCAAACUCCUUCGAGGGUGUGAACAUUACCGAAGAAGAUGCAAAAUCCGUGCACCUUGUUGUAACCAGAUAUUUUUCUGCCGUCACUGUCAUAAUGACUUCACGGGUGCAUUGACUGACCCUAAGGAACGUCAUGAAGUUGUCCGUCAAGACAUUAAACAAGUUAUCUGUGAUAUUUGCAGUACUGAACAGGAGGUUGCUCAGAUAUGUACCAACUGCGGCGUGAAAAUGGGGGAAUACUUCUGUGGAAUUUGCAAGUUUUACGACGAUGAUAUUUCAAAGCAACAGUUCCAUUGUGAUGACUGUGGAAUUUGUAGAGUUGGCGGUAGAGAGAAUUACUUCCAUUGCCAAAAGUGUGGAUCAUGCUAUGAUAUAAAGUUGCUUGAUAAUCAUGCAUGUGUGGAGAAUUCUAUGAAACACCAUUGCCCUAUAUGUUACGAGUUUCUUUUUGACUCAAUAAAGAGCGUUUCAAUUAUGAAAUGUGGACACACUAUGCAUGUGGAAUGCGCGGAUGAGAUGAUCAAUCAGAAUCAAUACCGUUGUCCUAUUUGCUCAAAGUCGAUGGGUGAUAUGUCCGCAACCUGGAGACGAAUAGACGAGGAGAUUGAAGCUAGUGCCAUGCCUGUAGAAUACCGAUAUGAGCGGUAAUUGUUAGGUCAUGCUGAUUUUAAGCAUUCAUCUCCACCAGAAAAGGUUUCUAUCUUGUGCAAUGACUGUAACAAUACUAGCAAAGUACCCUUUCACAUUUUUGGUCACAAGUGCAGUCAUUGCAACUCUUACAACACCCGGAGGAUUGGAACAACUGACUCAUAAUAGAGACAGAUUUCUUGCUAGAUGUUAACAAGUCAAUUUGAUAGCAUAAUUCAUGAAGUUUGCAUGCUACCUUGAGGAGUGAAUUUCCUCCUACAAUUUUACCAACAUCCGUCUAUCAGGCAAGGUUUUCUUGAAGCGGUGAAUUGACUCAUACACUCUUAUAUCUCGGGAGACACUUGAAAGAAUGUUUUCUUGUAAUUGUAGUGUCCGAUCUUUACAAUCAAUAGAGGUUUGAAAUGUGGAUUUAUUUUCUUGUCAUUGACUCAUUUCAUCUCAUCCUUGAUAACCAACUUGAAAACUGUGUGGUUAACUUGCAACAGUUUAUGUAUUGA